AUUUUCCUCCUUCUUUAUAAAGUACCGGUAAACGGUACUUUCCCAAUUGAACGAAAAUUCCCAAAUUCCCAAAACGGUACUUUCCCAAUCGAACGAAAAUUCCCAAAUUCCCAAUCGGCAUCUGGAAAAAUCCCAAUCGGCGUCCGAAUUUUUUCUCAAAACGAUCGAAAGAUUUGUAACAAAACCCAACUUUCGGCGAGCGAACAAAGAAAAUCGUAUAGUUGUGUGUAACCACGCGCUCGAUUAAUUUCGGGUUUUAUUAUUCAGCGCGUUCAAUCAAUAGAGUCGUUACUGUUUCCGGUUCUGUUGUCAAGCCAGCGUUCUGUUUUACGUGGGUUUGUUAACUUAGUUGAAAUGAGUCAUAACAGUAAAUACUAUGCCAAAAAAAUAAAAAAGAGUCAUCAGGGAUCCAUUCCACUGACGCAGUUUGGGUUCAAAAUAUCAAAUCAAGCCUCCGAGGCCUGUGUAUAUGAUAAUGAGGCCGUGUCAAAUCAGGCCCCCGAGGCAGUGUCUUACCAGGCCGUUGGCGUUGAGACCGAAUUACACCAGACCCCUGAAAUAAAUCAAUCUAGUGACGCCGAUUUCAAACAGGCCCCUGAGGCUUCUGAAUCAACUCAAAGUGGUAUUGAUGAUGGUCAAGUUGAAGAUCCAUCCCAGUCUAGCCAUGAAAUAUUUUCAUCUGAAAUGUUGAUUGCCACAAAAAUUGAAAAUGAUCCUUCCACUCUUGUCCCACCCCCAAAAAAGCAAGUUAAAAUCAAUGCAAAAUAUGAAUGGAACUAUGAUUGGCUAUAUUUUAGCAGCAGCAAAAAUGGCUUUUUGUGCAAGUAUUGUGAAAUUUUUGGACCAAAACAGGUAGCCCGUGGUGUACCAUCGCCUUUUUUAACAGGCACUGUCCUUGGGGAUCAUCCAGUUCGGAAACUAACUGCUCAUGAGGAAACUCAAUUGCAUAAGGACAGCCUGAGCAGAUAAGUUAAGGCCAAAGAAGGUGUAGAGACAGAAACUAUUCCAAAACUUUUACAGAGGCAAAAGGGUGAAAACAGUUCAGAAACAGAGAUUAAAAUAAACAGACAAUACAUAACAUGUUUGAUUAACACUGCAAACCUUGUUGUGCGCAAACACUGGGCGCUGGAUAGCAUUCCUGAUCUCGUAGAGCAUAUGGCCAAAGCAAACUGUGAUGAUAUAACUGCUUAUAAGCAAUUAAGCUCUCCCAUGUAUACCUCGCCAAAAUCCAUCACACAAAUAGUUUCUGCACUCAGCUCUUACUUUGAAAAACAACAACUUGAUAAAAUUAGGACAAGCGACUACGUUGCUUUGCUUGCUGACGAGUCUACAGACGAAGCUGGUCGCAGUCAAUUGGCGAUUCUCAUUCGCUACCUUGACUGCGGGAAUGUGGAAGACCACUUUGUUGGACUUGUUAACGUCAAACGGAGAGAUGCCAAAACACUCACUCAGGCAUUAGUGAAUUUUUUGGAGUCAAAGGAUAUCAACAUCAACAAAGUGAUGUUCCUAGGGUUUGACGGUUGCAAUACCAUGAGUGGAGAGCAGAAUGGUGUGCAGAGACGUUUCAGGAAUAUGGUUCCUCAUUCCCAGUACAUCAACUGCAGAAACCAUAAACUAGCUCUCUGCGUGAAACACCUGAUGAAACACUUUGAAGUUCUCGUGGAGGUGGAUUAUGUCCUGCUGUCAGUCUACAAGUUGUUCGAGUAUUCACCCCAGAAAUUUGCUGUGUUCAAGGAUGUCCAGUCUUCAUAUGAUGUCAAAGAGCUGGUGAUGGUCAGAGCAGCAGCUACUAGAUGGUUGUCUCAUGGCGUGGCCUGUAGGAGGUUCAUAGAUCGAUUUGUCCAGAUCCUUGAUACACUUGAUGAGCUUCUGGAAAGAAAAGGAGAUUCUGAGAUUGUUGCCAUUCGAGACAAGAUCACGAGCAAAAACACUGUGGCAGCUAUUCCGGUCAUGUGCGAUAUGCUCCAGCCAGUGAACAUCUUCUGCAAGUUUCUACAGGGUUCUGCAAUUGAUUUCUCAGAUGUGACAAGAAAAUUAAAGGAGUUGACAGACAACCUGGAAAUCUUAACCCAGAGAUUCAGGGCAUGCCUACAACCUCCAGGAGUGGAAGAUGACCUAUAUCUGUCGCGCAUGAGCACCCUCUUUGCAGAAAUUGAUCAACGAACAGUUUAUUCAAGAAGACUAAGAGACAAGGACAGUUACACCCCUACUCAGGUAGUGGAGGAGCUUGCCAUCCCUAUGGUCAACAAACUCCUAGAAGAACUAGAUAGCGGUUUCAACUUCGUGUCGCCAGAGCUUAAAGCCUUCUCAGUCUUCACAUUGACAAAUCUGCCUGAAACCAUUGUGGAACUGCGAGAAUCAGAUUAUGGAAAGGCGAAAAUUGAGACCUUGACCUCACACUAUGGGCUUCGAAAAGAAGACACAUACAAAGGUCAAACAUCGCAGAGCCCACCAUUGUUCGACAAGGCUACUGCCCUUGCAGAGUUUGACAUCUUUAAAUAUGUUAUGUUCAUGCAUAGAAACAGCAAUCCACCUGUGGACUUGCUGCAGAAGAUGCUGGGGGAUGAACAUCUUAGGACAACCUACCCCUGCAUGUAUCAGCUGUUGCUGCUGUCAAGACUUGUGCCCUCCAGCACUGCCUCUGUGGAAACAAUCUCUGCACAACAAAUCGAAACCGUCUUUCUCAGGAAACAUUGACGGCGCUAAUAAUGCUGUGCAGGGAGGGCAGCGAGCAACUUAGUGAUGUGCAAACAUCACAGAUUGUAGAACUUUUUAAACAAAUGAAAGAGAGGGACAUUUCUUUAUAAGAGAUAUAAGAGAUUAAAACAACUAAUAAUUGA